AUGAAGGACAGAUUGACCCUUUUGCUGUGUGCCAACGCAAGCACCGAUCUGAAAAUUAAACCACUACUGGUGUACCAUUCUCAGACCCCUCGUGUAUUUAGGGAACAAAAUGUGAACAAGGCCAGACUGCCCGUCAUGUGGAGAGCCAAUGCCAAAGCUUGGGUCACAAGGCCAUUGUUUAUGGAAUGGCUGCACGAGGUGUUUGCACCCACCGUCAGAAAAUUUCUUUCUGAUAACCAGCUGCCUGAAAGGUGCCUUCUUCUGAUGGACAAUGCCCCGGCACACCCUCCAGCCUUGGUGGAUGCUGAGUAUGACUUCAUCAAGGUAAAGUUCCUCCCCCCCAACACAACACCACUUCUGCAGCCCAUGGACCAGCAAGUCAUCUGCAACUUCAAGAAGCUGUACACAAAUGCGCUCUUCACUAGGUGUUUUAAUGUCACCGAAGAGACGUCUUUGACUUUGAAAGACUUCUGGAAGAAACAUUUCAAUGUUGUCCACUGCAUUUACCUCAUUGACAAAGCCUGGGAAGAGGUCACUCCCCGAACCCUAAAUUCAGCCUGGAGGAAACUGUGGCCAGAAUGUGUCGCUGAACGUGAACAUGACUUUGAAGGGUCUGAUGCAGAGGUAUUGGAGGAAAUUGUGUCCAUGGGCAAGAGUAUGGGUCUGGACGUUGAUGGUGCUGAUGUGGAAGAGCUUGUUGAGGAACAUAGGGAGGAGCAGACCACGGAAGAACUUUCUGAACCCAACAGUGAGCAGCAGAAGGCACUUCUUGAGGAGCAUUCCACUGAGGAAGAGGAAGAAAGGGAGGAGGUUAGCAGUGAUACCAUAAAAUCUAUUAUGCAAAAAUGGAAUGAGUGCCAUGAUUUUUUUGAAAAGCACCACCCCAACAUAACCGUCACGAACAGAGUGUUAAAUCUUAUGAAUGAUAAUGUGGUCUCUCAUUUCUGGAGGGUUAUGCAGCGCAGGAAGAGACAAGUGACAUUGGACAGAUUUUUCAGAAAAACUGAGCCUGCAGCUAGGAGACAAAGGAGAGAGGAAACCCCUGAAGGAGAUCCCCCUGAUGUCCUUAUGGAGGGGGACUCUCCCUCCAAACAAUAACUGCCUCCCACCUGCCUUCCUCCAUGCCAGAAGUCAUCUCAAGCAAGGUCAGCACGGAUUAACCGGAUUUACAUUGAACCCUAUGGGAAAAUGUGAAGAACAGAGAGAGAUGGAUCCAGCUCGUGCAGAUAAAAGAAUUUUAAUCCAUAAGACAAGGAGGAUACAAGGAGGAUACAA